AUGACGAAGUCAAGAUACCCCGCCUACCCGCCUGAUAUCACCGAGGAACAGGCCCAAUUCUUGCUGACCAAUCUCAAUGACUGGUCUAUAGCCCACGGUCUUGCUGUGAGGCCACCGCCGUCUUUCGUCUCGGCGGCCCAAGAUCCCUCUGGAGUACUCGCGUCGACUGCGCCGGUGACGCUGUUUCCUAGCUUGUUCCCUCGUCAAUGCUUCGACGAGGGCUUUACCAUUCAGAAGGCCUAUAAUGAGCUCUAUUCGGCCAUCGCCAGGGAUGAGGAGUGGCUGAAAUCGAUAGUGGAAGAACUGCUGGAGGUUGACGAUUUUGUCGCAAAGCUUUGGCAGGUGCAUCUUGAUGUGAAGAAGGAUGGAUACGUUCAGGACAUGACUCUGGGCCUCUUUCGCUCCGACUACAUGGUCCACUUGGAUCCUUCAAGCGGUAAUGCAAAGCCGCAGAUCAAGCAGGUCGAAUUCAACACGAUUGCUUCUUCGUUCGGUGGCCUUUCUUCUCAGGUUUCAGCCUUGCAUAAAUAUCUUAACUCGAUCGAUGCAUACCCGGCCGAGGCUGGCUCAGUCAUCAAGCAGGACUCCCUGCCCCAAAGCCAAUCUGUGCCGUCCUUGGCUGCGGGGCUGGCGGCAGCGCACAAAGCUUACGGAACUUCGAAAUCGUCGAACCCGCUGUGCGUGCUGUUCGUGGUCCAGGAUCCGGAGAGGAACGUCUUUGACCAGAGACACCUUGAGUACUCCUUGUUCGUGGAGAAUGGCGUGCGAACGUUCCGCGUGCCGUUCAACAAAGUCCUCUCCUACACGAAGCUGGACUCUGAGCGUAAUCUGAUAUACCAUCCUCCUCACACGCCUGACAAGGCAUUCGAGGUCACCACAGUCUACUACCGCGCUGGCUACUCACCGGAUGACUUCCCUACGGAUGCAGAGUGGACCGCACGCUUGCAUUUGGAACGCAGCCGGGCCAUCAAGUGUCCGAGCAUUUUGCUCCAGCUCGCGGGCUGCAAGAAGGUUCAGCAGGUGCUUGCCACCCCUCACUCGCCUCACCUGGCUCGGUUCCUGCCCAAUGAGAGCACCGCGGCACGUGUGCUGCAAACAUUCGCCCCUAUCUACCCCAUGGACAAGAGCGAGGCGGGGCUGGAAGCGCGUCGGCUUGCCACGGAUCCGGCGACGGCGCAGCGCUACGUGUUGAAGCCGCAGCGCGAAGGUGGCGGCAACAACAUCUACCGGGGCGCGAUACCUCCCUUCCUGGCUCAGCUGCCGGAAUCGCACUGGCCGGCGUACAUCUUGAUGGAGAUGAUCGAGCCGCCGGCGCAGAGCAAUGUCAUCAUCCGCAACGGGGAAGUUCAGAAGGGCGGGGUAAUCUGCGAACUGGGCAUCUAUGGCGUUUGCCUUUGGAAAAAAGACGAAAUCCUGGAAAACCGGGAGGCUGGAUAUCUGCUUAGGACCAAAGGAGACCAGAGUGAAGAAGGCGGGGUCGCCGCGGGAUUUGGGGCCGUCGACAGCUGCUGUCUGGUAGAGAUGUAA